AUGGCGCGGUCGAGGAGCUACGGCAGUGACAUUGUCAACUUCAAAGAAAUCGCAGGACUCCUCGUCAGCUCAUCGGCAACAACGCGAAAGGAAGCCGUGGAAAGCUUGUUGUCCUACUUCAAGACGGCUGACAAGGCGUCUCAGAGUCAAAAACAUCCCUUCAAUGACAAGACGUACCACUCCAUCUAUGAGGCGCUCUUCCGCUGCACCCUACUCGAGAAGGAGGGCUACUUCGGCUCCAAAAAGUCGGCCAAGUCCAGUGCCGCCGCCAGCUCGAGGCUUGAGAAAUGCGCCGAGGUCCUGCGCCUGGCCGUCCGCCAUGGCGCUUCCCGGAUCAAGCGCAAGACGGCGAGAGCCAUCAUUGACCACAUCACCCAGGUCCCUUUGGGUCCCGAAGAGAGCUACAUCCAGCCGCUUCUCAAGGACUACGUCAAGGCCCUGAGCACCUUUCUCGACAACUCGGCCAACGUCGAGAACCUUGCCGCCUUCUCGGGCGAGAGCUGGGAUAUCUGUGUCGACUUCUGUGUUGACGCCCUCUCUCGCUAUCUCGAAACCGGCGACCGAGAUGGCUCCUCGCUGUCUCGCGCCUCUCCGGCCCCCGGAGGCACAGGCCGAUCCUCCUCAAUUGCUACGCAGCAGUCGUCUUCGAGCCAAAUCGGUGGUCAACUGGCCCUGGAGCUCGUGUCUUGCGUUAACUCGCUGAUGUCCUCUCCAAAUGCCCCCGUACAGAGGCAGGCAAGCAAGGUGUCCCAUACCAUUCUUCAUAUUCUCCAGCUUCGCCAGAUGAAGAUUGGCGAGCUGCAGAAGGCUGCUUUUUCCACCAUCAACAGCAUCUUCUCGCGCAUUCAGACCGACGAUGUGGCCCUGGCCAAGAAAGUAACGAAAGCCUUGGUUCCCCUGCUCUCUCACUGGUGGCAGCCGCGUGCCCUUUCUCGCGACGCCAUGCUCAAUUCCAUCCGGGACGAGAUGCUCAAAACCAUAUUUGGGACGUACUUAUACAUGGAAAGCAUUCUCCAGGAGUCCUCGGACGGGUCUCUCCUCCAAGACGCUGAAGAGCUGCUGGAUGCCUUGUGGUCCGAAUAUUCGAGGCGCGAGGAGCGAGCUCGCCUCCAGCUAGACGACGUGACUUUCUCUGCCAUCCGCCUCCCUACCGACCAUCCAAGCACUGCCGUCUUCAGUCUCCGCCCUUACCACCAAGCAGGCGAGCAAAACUGGGCUCUGCUAGAGAACCUCGCCAUCUUGGAGGCUAUGUACUCGCGCAACUCCCAGCAAGACCGCAGUCACGCCCAGCCCGAAACCGACCAGCCUCGGAAGAGAAGGAGGGUGGUCGGGAGCCCCAAUAGAAUGCACCAGAAAAUUGUGUCCCUAGACCCGGCAGUCCAGCUAACCGCGUUGCAACUCAUACCGUUCUGGGCCGCCCAGAAGCCGCCCUCCCUAGAAGACGUCACUGAAGCUAUUUCUGAUUUGUCAAAAUGCGUCACGGCCAAGCAGGGCACUGUGGCUUCCUGGGCAAUGCUCGCAUGCGCUAGUCUCGCCACCCAUAAAAUAUCUCGGAGCGCUUCCCUCGCGGCUACCUGGAAACAGAUCUGGCAGCUCACCGUGCGAUCUCUAAGCCUCCCCCCUACUAGCCGUGCUGCCUGCGUGCUGUUGCAGGCGAUAAUGCAAGCGGGCCUGAUUCCAGGGCACGAACAGGCGGACGACAUCAAUCAGAUUAUCACAACCGCCGAUAUUAGUGGUCCUGCGGUGCUUGUUGAUUCGUCUUUGACUUUGAUGCUAGGUUUACUGCGCCACCGGAACAUGAUGGUACCAAACGCCAGUCAAGCGACUUCAAAUCACAUUAUUCGGUGGGUUUUUGUCAAAUGGAAUCCUGCUGAGCUGGGUUAUGCUUCUAUUCAUUCGGCCCACUCGAGCCCUUUCGAUAUGGUUUGUCUUUUGCGAGCCUGUUAUGGCAUGCCGCCGCUUCGAAUGGAGGCACCGCUCCUCCUGUUUGGGGGGCCCAUUGCCCAAUUCUGGAAGAGCCAGAAAAAGGCCCAGCCACUUAUUCGAUACUUGCUGCUCCUCGGGGACGAAGUCCUACCGACACCACCCCCAACGGCCUCUGUGUCUGACGGCCCAGCCGGUGAACCCGGAAAACCCUCCGAUCCGACCGGAACUCAUGCUACAAAGCGCCUCGUCCUCGAGCUGCUCUUCCCAAAGAUUGAAGAGCUGUCACAAAUGGCAGAGUCGUGGCAAAGACGCGGCGGAGAUGGCUCAGUCCCGAUAUCUACCGAGCGGCUACAGAGCGUGGUCCUUGCCUGCCUCACUGGGACACUGCUACUCCCCGAGCUUGUCAGUCUGAACACAUCUGUAUCCAAAGACCUUGAAACAGCACUUUUCGGCGUCAUCGAUGCCACUCUCAAAGUGGUAUUGAACGCCCCCCAAAACGGGAACUUCUUCGAUCUUGUCUUGAUGUCAUGCACGGCGUAUAUUCCUCCUAUGGAUGAAGUCGAACUUAGUUUCUUGAAACGAGAUCUUCCCCAUCUCCACAAAUUCUUUGCCAAGCUUUCCGAUGCCCUACAGGGAAGAGCGCGGCGAGAUCCGUCGGGCCGUGAGGCAGAUACCAUGGACAUAGACGAUGAUUUUGAAUCCCAGGCGAGCCAGAUCAGUUCGACAUCAGGAGCAAAAAUUCUUCCCCGGCGGGACGUUCUAUUGAGCCAUACGCCAGAAGCCUUCUACUUAGAGACCACCCUCCGGCUAUUUCUCCUUGAGGUGAUCUAUUCUAAUGAAGGCCAACUCGGCUGUGUCCCGGGUCCUGUUCUCGACCACUUACUCGAACUCCCCAAAGAGCAGCUUUUACUAUGCCGAGUAUUUAUGCAGGAGCUUUUUAACUCUGAUGCCUUACCCCCUGUCGAGGGCUCCAUGAAAGUCGUGGAGAGGUUGGGGGAGAUUAUAAGCCUAGAUGAAUUCUCGUGCUGUGAAGUGGCGUUGUGCACAUGCAUCGACGUCAUGGACGGCUUUAUGAGCAUGUGGACCGACGAGAAGCUCGAGAUAGCAACUUUGGUGGGCGAUCUAUACCACUAUCUGGUCAAGAGGUCUUUACCCAACAACUCCAUGUCCGGGCCCGCCCAGAUCUGGUUCUCGAAAUUACUCUUCCACCUCCUCGAGGUCAGAUCAGAUUAUGCUGCGGCCUUAAAACUGCCAUCGGCCAGGUCCACAGUCCUGACAAUUCUGCAAGAGGGCACCAUGGAUGUCAAGUACAUCAUCGCACUCAAUCUACCCAAGAUCUUCGGGCUAUAUGUUCUCAAAACGCACGACGACAUCUUCGUCGAUGUUCUAGAGAGCCUUCCCGCUGAUCCAGAGGCCACUGAGGGCAUUGCUUACCGUCUGUUCGUUCUGGCCGAGUUGGCUUGUAGGUGGCCAACCCUGCUACGUCGGUGUAUCUACCACAUUUUCGAAACCCCGGGCAAGAUUGUCCAAUCCGGAAAAUAUGCGGCGAGCUGCUUGGAACGGAUAUCCGUGUCUCUGAACCUCAGCAGCCCCCGUGAGCUCUUUAAACUCUUUGCUCCCCAACUGCUCUAUACAUGGCUUGAAAGCGACUCAAUUGAAGAGAUUCCCUUUGAGAUAUUUGGCUUUGCGAGUCUCCAAGACCUCUUGUUGAUGGCCCAGACUGAGGCAGCCGCGAUCAUGAUUAUGCGUGGACAGGAGAAAGAGGCCCUCGAUCUAGCUCAGAGCCUAGGCUUGACGCCCGAGAAACUGAUCCAGCAGAGCUUUACCAAGAUCGUAGCAUACAGCAUUGCGCACGACAUCAGCGUCCCGAGCGGUGGCGAUCGUGUGACUGGGGAGAGCCGACUCAGGAAGAUUCUUGGAAAGGAAGGAUUCCUGGAGAACAUCCAUCUCAACUUCGCAGACGUUAUAGCCACCUUCUUUGACAUCUUCGACCAGGAGGACCCAAUUGAGAAGGCUCUGAGGAGAGAGGGGAGGUUCACCGCCGCGGCUGAUGCAAUGGAUGAGAUCAAGAAGCUUGGCCACUUGAGCACGCCCUUGCCACCGAAUCAGCAGCCAAUGUUCAAGGCAAAGUAUCUCACAAGAGAAAUUGCUCACCUUUGCAGCCGGACACCCUACGAGCCCGAUAACUUGUGGACGCCUGCCCUGGUUGUGUUUGUGGCUCGCAAGCUCCUGAACACAAUCCAUCCAGCGCUCGGCCCCCUCCACGCAUGCUCGGUGCUACGAAAGAUUCGCGUUCUCGUCUGUCUGGCCGGCGAGCAUGCGUUGUCUGCUUAUCCUCUAGAGAUGCUUCUUCAUUCCAUCCGAGCCUUCGCAGUUGAUCCAGAGUGCGCAGACGAUGCCCUCGGUAUAAUUCAGUAUCUCGUGCUUAAGGGAGACGCCCAUCUGAAGAAGACGCCCUCGUUCCUGGCUGGAUACGCCCUGUCGAGUCUCGCUGACCUCCGGGUAUUUCUCGAAUCGAGCCAAUCCAGCACGACCCAGGAGAGCCAGUUCAAAGCAACCAUGGGUAAAGCACAGCUAUUCCACUCCUGGUUUGCCAAGUACCUGGCGGCCUACGAUUCUUUAUCGUUCAAGGACCAUGCUCAGCGCCGUGCGUUCAAAUCUAUCACACAGUCGGCUGCUCACAUUCGUGCGUCGGGCAAUGCCGAAAAAGGUACCCACGAGAGCAACCUCCUCCUGGAGAUCCUCGAUGACUGGGACCGUGAGAACCAGCUUCUCAAUGAACCGGCCCGCGGCGUUGCUCUCUCCAUGCUCUGCGGUGUCUUUAGGAUCCCCUUAUCGAGUAGACUCGACAUGAUCGAAACUGACGCAGACGCAAUAAGCCAUGGGGCUGUUGUCUGGAAGAGCUGUGGCUCCCAGCGGCUGAGCGGCGAGUACUUGGCGUGGGCUGGCCGAGUACUGGGUCGGUCCUUCGCUGCGUCGGGCGAGGUGCCACAGGAGCUCCUACGUGAAUCCCGACUUCAGGAGUAUCGCAGGAUAUCAUUCGACAACAGCGGCUCCGAGGAAGGACUCAUCAAUCUCAUCGAGGCGCUCACUGUGAACGGCGAUUGUUUCACCGCCGGCUUAGCUGAAUCUGCUUUGCGGACGGUGGUCUCGGACGCGGUGAGCGAAGAUGAUCAAGACCUAAUCGGUGCUUGCCAAAAGACCCUUUCAGAGUCCCUACUGGUGUCAUCCAACUGGGACCCAUACAGAACACCGCAUUCCGAUUACUACGCGGUCGACUCACCCAAGGACGCAGAAGUAUUUACCGCCGGCCAAUUGGAGAGUCCAGACUGGUCACAGCGACUCGCGACGCUUCUGGCCUAUUCGGUGCCCGAGAGUGUGACGCUGAGGGUGCUGCCUCCAAUCCUCACCAAAGUUAAGGGGUUCGCUGAAAAGGCUUUCCCCUUCGUGGUCCACCUGGUCUUGGUGUACCAGUUAGAAAAGCAACAAGGGAUGAAGCGGCGCCUCUCCGAGGCCUUGAAAGAGUGGCUGACUUGCACAUCUACUGCAGCCACGGAAAACGUGAAGCUUCUGCUAAACACGAUCCUGUAUCUGAGAACCCAGCCGUUGCCCGGCGAAUCUUCAAUCGCCGACCGAGGACACUGGCUGGAUGUGAGUUUCUCCAGCGCAGCUGCCGCCGCCACGCGAUGUGGCAUGUUCAAAGUGGCCAUUCUGUUUGCCGAGCUAGCCUUCUCCGAAUCCUCUCGCGGUUCUCGGCGCUCAUCGGCCAUCAGGGAGAUUGAGGAUUCAAGCGAUAUUUUGCUCGACAUAUUCGAGAAUAUCGAUGACCCAGAUGCGUACUACGGCCUAACGCCGGAUGCCUCGCUCUCCACGGUCCUAGCUCGCCUGGAGUACGAGAAUGAUGGGAGUAAGAGCCUCGCGUUCCGCGGCGCUCAGUACGAUAGCCACCUGAGACGCCGGGAUCCUGCGUCGCAUCAGGAUGGGCAAGCCCUUAUCAACGCUUUGAGCAGCCUCGGGCUUUCUGGGCUGUCCAAUUCUCUCCUUCAAACGCAACAAGGUUCGGAUGCGUCGUCGGCAUCUCUCGAUAGCACCUUUAUCACGGCAAGGAGACUGGAGAUGUGGAAUCUUCCAGCUCCCUCGAGUAAUGAGAACUGGGCCGUGACGGUGUACAAGGCAUAUCAAAGCAUGCACCAAGCCCCUGAUAUCAACGCCGUUAGGGAUGCGGUCCACGAAGGAUUCAGGAGUACCAUUCGCCACCUCACAACCCGGACCCUGAAUACGUCAAGCUUACGCCAUCAACUCGGGGCCCUUGCCGCCCUGGCAGAGCUCGACGAUCUCCUAAAUGUCACUGACCAGCCCGAGCUACAAACCACGCUCUCCACGUUUGAGAAGCGAUCAAAAUGGAUGAUGAGCGGACGAUACGGCGACGUGGGACAGAUUCUUUCCUGUAGGGAAACAACACUAAGCAUGUGGAGUCGACAUCACAAGUUACGGCCGUCGAUGUUGACACCAGCAGAUGCUCGCCUGAUACAGAUUCGCGGCAUGCUGCUGUCUUCUGAUAUAUAUCGCUUCCACCGCGCCAACCAGGAGAGCCUGAACAUAUCCACAACACUCACCGACCUCAUCAAGCCGAGCGAGUCCUUGGGACUAAACAUAGACGCCGCAAUCAAAAUUGAGGCUGCAAAUUCGCUCUGGAACCAUGGCGAAAUGAUUUCAUCCAUCCGCAUGUUGCAGAACAUUGACAAGGACUCGUCCCUAAAAAAGCAGACGGUCCCGGUCAGCCGUUCUGAUCUCUUGUCGAAGAUUGGCUAUCAGGUCUCGGUCGCGAGGCUAGAGAACCCGGAAAAUAUACAGAAAAAGUAUCUCGAGCCAGCGCUCAAGGAGCUCAGGGGUAAGAUUGAGGGCAAGGAUGCUGGCCAGGUAUUCCACCAAUUCGCCAUGUUCUGUGACGAGCAGCUCCAGAACCAAGAUAGUCUAGAGGACCUGGCGCGGUUGCAGAGCUUGAAGAAGGGCAAGAGCGACGAGGUGUCGCAGCUCAAGGCCUUGAUUGCGAACUCGAAGGAUUCGCAGAAUAAGAGCCGGUACUCGGGCUAUCUUGCAAAAGCUAGACAGUGGCUUGAUCUCGACCAGCAAGAACUUCGCCGUGUUGAGCAAACGCGUGCCGAGUUUGUCAAACUGAGUUUGGAGAACUAUCUGCUCUCUUUAACCGCGUCGGACGAGCAUAACAACGACGCACUGCGCUUCACGGCCCUGUGGCUAGAGCGUUCCGAGGAGGAGACGACGAACGAGGCGGUCAAGAAGCACAUCAACAAGGUUCCGACGCGGAAAUUUGCCCCCCUGAUGAACCAGCUCUCUUCGCGCCUUCAGGACCAGCCGCAGCAGCUCUUCCAGAAGGUCCUGGUCGACUUGGUCUAUCGAAUCUGCGUCGACCAUCCAUUCCACGGCAUGUAUCAGAUAUGGUCAGGGGCUAAGUCGCGCGUCAAUAGGGACGACGAAGUGGCCGUCUCCCGACAGAAGGCGACAGAGCACAUUGCUAAGGCUCUCGCCAAGGCCGAGCCUGUGUCCAAGAUUUGGCCGGCGAUUGACCAGACAAGCAGAGUCUACCAUGCUUUGGCGCUGGACCGCGACUCUAACAGGUACAAGGCCGGCCACAAGCUUGCCAUCAGGGACUCGGCGGCUGGUCAGGCCUUCCUCAGUACGCUCGCAAAGUACGAGAUCCCGCCGCCCACGAUGCAGAUUGAGCUAUCGGCCAACCUCGACUACUCAAAGGUGCCCAUGAUACAGAAGUUUGAGCCUAGCAUGUCGAUUGCCUCUGGAGUGAGCGCGCCUAAGAUCAUCACGGCCGUGGGGACCGAUGGGCAGAGGUACAAGCAGCUCGUCAAGGGAGGCAACGACGAUCUUCGGCAGGACGCCAUCAUGGAACAGGUGUUUGCUGCCGUGUCAGAGCUGCUCAAGCUCCACAGGCCGACGAGGCAACGGAAUCUGGGCAUCCGUACUUACAAAGUCCUACCACUGACGUCCUCGUCGGGCCUCAUUGAGUUCGUGUCGAACACAAUUCCGCUCCACGAAUAUCUGAUGCCGGCGCACGAGCGGUACUAUCCCAAGGACCUCAAGGGAUCGCAGUGCCGCAAGGAGAUCUCCAACGCGCAGACCAAGACGGUGGAGGCGCGCGUCAGUGCGUACCGGAAGGUGACGGAGAAGUUCCACCCGGUGAUGCGAUACUUCUUCAUGGAGUACUUUUCAGACCCGGACGAGUGGUUCCUGCGGCGAACCGCGUACACGCGAGCAACGGCGGCCGUGUCGGUGCUGGGCCACGUGCUCGGGCUGGGGGACAGGCACGGACACAACAUCCUGUUGGACUCCAAGACGGGCGAGGUGGUUCACAUUGACCUCGGGGUGGCGUUUGAGAUGGGGCGGGUGCUGCCAGUGCCGGAACUGGUGCCGUUCCGCCUGACGAGGGACAUUGUGGACGGCAUGGGCAUCACCAAGACCGAGGGCGUGUUCCGGCGCUGCUGCGAGUUCACUUUCGACGCGCUGCGCGAGGAGACGUACUCGAUCAUGACCAUCCUCGACGUGCUGCGCUACGAUCCGCUGUACUCGUGGUCCAUCUCGCCCGUGCGCAUGGCCAAGCUGCAGAACGCGCGCGCCGCCGGGGCUGACGACAACGGUGGCGAGGCGGGCGGCGAUGACCAGUCUGACGUUGAUAACAAGAAGUCGGUCAACGAGCCGUCCGAGGCCGACCGCGCCCUCGAGGUGGUCCGCAAGAAGCUUUCCAAGACGCUCAGUGUCAUGGCUACGGUGAACGACCUCAUCAACCAGGCGACGGACGAGAGGAACCUCGCCGUGCUAUAUUCUGGUAAGUUCCAGCCAUUCUGCUUGACUUGUCCACCCCUUUCCCCGUCUUCGUCUUUUACCGUCUUCGCUUGA